UUGCAAACGCUUCCGUCUUUACUACCAAUUCUCGCGGCGAACUUUACAACAUUUGAAUUUCCGACUUCCCCUCUGUUUACCUUUUUUCACAUUUUUUAAGAACGUCACAAGGCCGAAGGUGGUAAAUUAUCAUUAAGACAUGUACCACAACUUCGUGCGCAUGUUCAUACAACUUAAACUUUUUGCGAAACAGCUUCAACAGCCAAGGAGCGGUUCGCCAGCGCCACAGUUUAUCUGUGUUGGACUGCGCAGUAUGCGCAUGGUCAUCUUCCAGCUGUGCUGAUUAUGAUUUUUGAAUGCUUGAUGAUGCUUUUAUUUGUCAUUGCACUGUGAUUGGAUACUGGGUGAUUCUUGUACUGUUAGCGCCUUGCGGACAAGGAGCUGGUUUGCAAUGGACGGGGAGACCGUGAUCCAAACAACGGAGCAGACGGCGAUCGAAGAACAAAUUCAGGAGGAAUCCGCUGCUGCUAUCUGGUGCGAAGGAUGCAAGGAAAUGCUGGAGGAGCCGUGUUUGGUGCAUGCUGCUUCCAUCGAGGACCAGGCCUUUGAUUUGACCACGGCCACGCUGCCAGCAUCGCUAUCUUUUGACCAGCGCGAAGGCAUGAUUGAGCGGGGCGUGUUCACCCGUGUCCCCAUCCCCAUCUCGACGUCCUUCGGUCCGUUGAUGGGCCCGCUGUACGAAGAUCCCGACGAUGAGAUGCGCUUCGCUAUUCCCACGGAGGACGGCGGUCGCUACUAUCACUUGGCCGACGACAAAUUCUGCAACUGGAUGAAAUAUGUCCGGCUGGCGGAAACGGAGGCCGAGCAGAAUCUGACGGCCUGUCUGCGCGAUGACACCAUCUAUUUCAUCAGCAUCCGCGCCAUUCCCCCCAGGGAAGAACUGAAAGUCUGGUAUUCCAAAAAGUAUGCCAACAUCAUGCAGAAACCACUGAAACCGGUGCCUCUCUACACCACCGAAGAGGUUACGGUUGCCGUCACCGUCACGGAGGUUCAGGAGAGCACCGAGGCUCAGAUUGUUACUACGCAAGAAACAGUAGUUUCUGCGCCAACAGAAGCGGAAAUCGUUCCGGCGCCCAUGAGCGAAAUGGAAGUCAAUGUACUGGAUUUUUUCCUACAAAGGCCACCUGAACAGACUGUUACAGAAUCCAUUGUCCAGGAACCGGUGAAAGAAGCGGCGCCCGUAUUGCCGCUUCCCAGUCAGCCGCUCACGCCCCAACAGACGCGCUCAUCCACUAGGCUGCGUAAUAAACGCGCUUCGGUCCUUGAGCAUUCGGAAGAAGCUGCAGUAACGAGCGCUCCCACUGAGCCGGCAUCAGCUGCACUGUUAGCGCCUUCAGAACACACCCAUGCUGAUGCGGUUCUGACAGCCUGCGACAAGGCCGACAAUCCAGAUUCCAGCACUGUGGAAUCCGCAUCUCCGUCCAAGGUGGUAAAAGCAAAGCCCUCCAAGAAACGCAACCUGUACAUCGACGAAGAGUACGAGUUCACCCCGUCCAAGAUCGUCAAGGUGGAACGCGUGAGUAAAUCACUCAGUGCCUACCGCGCUAAUCUGGUCCGACGUCCCCGGGAGAGCUCCAGCGACGAGGCCGGCAGCCGGAAGAAGCGCCACCGCGGCAAGAAGGAGUACAACCCGGCACUGGACUACCCCUUUGCCUGCGAGGAUCCCUGUGGGAUCCGCUUCAAGACACAGGAGCUGCUGGAUCUGCACAACCUGCUGCAUCUGCCGACCGAGAAGGUCAAAGAUGAAGUACGGGUGUGUCCGCACUGUGGCUAUAGUCGGAAGGAUGUCACCAUCAUGUCGCAGCAUGCCGACACCCACGGGAAGACGACGCAGCAGCUGGACCGACUGUGGCAGGAGUGUCCGUACUGUUUGAAGCACUGGGUCCGCUUGAAGGAUCACAUUAGGUACAAACAUCCCGAGGAGUUUGAGGCCGCGCUGAAGAGCGUCCCAGAGAGUGAUCUGCCCUUUGCCUGUGAUAAAUGCCCCAAGAAAUUCUCCACCGAGCUCGGUUUGCAGCAGCAUAGUCGGGCGCACUCUGGCUACAAGCCGGUGUACCGUUGUGUGAUCUGCCAGCACAUGUGCAAGAACGCCAACGACCUGCACUACCACGUCAACAGCCACCUGGUGGACGAGUGCUUCGUGUGCGACCAGUGCGACAAGCGCUACCCCAAGUACCGCGCCCUCACCAAGCACCUGUCCGAGUAUCACGACCCCAACAAGGAGUCGGCCUGCGAAUACUGCGGCAAGGCCUUCCGCAACAAGACCAUGCUGACGCAGCACCUCAAGAGCCACUCCUCCGUCAUGGGCUUCGAGUGCGAGACCUGCGGCAAGCGCUUCAAACUCAAAUCCCACCUCAACAACCACAUUGGCUGGGUGCACCUCAAGAAUAAGGUAGACAAGCGGAAGGUGUUGCGGGAAGAGGGACGGGCCGAUGAGCUGAAGAAGGACUAUCUGGGGCCGCGACGGCGGAUGGAUUUCGAGCAAUUCCCCUACAAGUGUCUGGAGUGCACGCUGGGCUACUUGAAACGCGGCAUGCUGGUCAAUCACGUGCUGUCGCACCACCCGGACAUCCCGUUGGACAGCAUACCGGCUUAACGGGGAUUAGGGAAUCAGUCGGAUUUCGCAGUUUCCAGUAGCUUCCAGUCCAGAUUUAUAUAAUUAUUUUAUCAGUGAAUGAAUGAGCUAAUGGUACUGAUGUCAACUGAAGCUUUGCAGUUUUAUAAAAAAAAUGUUUGCACGGAUUUAGUCAAGUGAUGUCAAUAGACUCAAUACAUGCUAUUCGUGACUCGUGUAAUGUUGUCACGGUUUUGUUAAAUCAAGGCUUUGUCUUUUGCCAAAGAAUUUUGCGCCUGCCAAAUAAAAACGAAAAUAGAAUACUCGUA